AAGAACUGUCCUCAUCUGGUUAUGGAUUCUGCCUCUACAGCUGAAACCAAAAUAAGAUUCCAUGAUGAUCAUGGCUCUGUCACUGAAAGCCAGAAAACAGCUCAAGAUGAUCUGAAAGACACUCUCAAAAAGAAAUAUGAAUGCAUAUUUGAAGGAGUGGCUCUGCAUGGAAAUAAAAUCUACAUCAACAAUAUCUAUACAGAGCUGUACAUAACUGAGUGGAAAAACGAAGGAGUCAAUACCGAACACGAGGUGCGGCAGAUUGAGACUCAAUCCAGGAGUCAAGCUACAGAUGGGACCAUAAUAUUUUGCAAUGGCAUUUUUAGAUGCUUGACCGGUCAAAACAAAUCAGUGAGAACUGUGCUGACAAAGGGCAUUGCUGGUAUUGGAAAGACAGUCUCUGUGCAGAAGUUUGUCCUUGACUGGGCAGAGGGAAGAGCAAAUCGUGACAUUCAGUUAAUGUUUGUAUUCCCUUUUCGGGAGCUCAACUUGAUAAAAGACAAACAAUACAGUCUUCUUGGGCUAUUUCAUUAUUUUCAUCCGGAAAUUAAAGACAAAUUAUCAAGUGAGAAGGAUAUAAAGCAAAAAACAGUGAUAAUAUUUGAUGGUCUAGAUGAAAAUCGAGUUCCACUGAAUUUUGAUAGUAUGAACUUUUGCGAUGAAACAGAACCAGCAUCAGUGGGUGUACUAAUAACCAGUCUAAUUAAAGGCAACCUGCUCCCCACUGCUCUCCUGUGGAUAACCUCCCGGCCCGCAGCAGUCGGUCAGAUCCCCGGAGAGUAUAUUGACCAGAUGACGGAGAUACGAGGGUUUAAUGAUCCUCAGAAAGAGGAGUACUUCAGGAAAAGGUUCAGUGAUCAGAACCUGGCCACCAGGAUCAUCUCUCAUAUGAAGACAUUGAGGAGUCUCUACAUCAUGUGUUAUAUUCCAGUCUUCUGUUGGAUUUUAGCCAUUGUUCUUGAGCAGAUGUUGGGAAAAGACAGCAGUGGAGAAAUUCCCACAACUCUCACACAAAUGUACACGCACUUUCUUCUCAUUCAGACUGGUAGAAUGACUAAAAAGUAUUCACUGCAAAGAGAGAAAGAAAUGAUAAUGAAACUGGGCAAACUGGCCUUUAACCAACUGCAAAGGGGAAACCUAAUAUUUUACGAAGAGGAUCUGAACACAUGUGGGAUUGAUGUCACAGAUGCUUCAGUGCACUCUGGGUUGUGCACGCAGAUUUUUAAAACAGAACAUUUAAUGGUUCAGAGGAACGUGUACAGCUUUGUGCAUCUGAGCAUCCAAGAGUUUCUUGCUGCAUUAUUUGUGUCUGAUACAUAUGGAGAGCACAAAAAGAAUGUUCUUGACCAAAGACAUUUUAGAAGAUUUAAAUGGCUGUUCCAAAGGAAGAACUUAUUCUAUUUGCAUAAGAGUGCAGUGGACAAGGCCUUGGAGAGUAAUAAUGGACACCUGGACCUCUUUCUCCGCUUCCUGCUUGGCAUUUCACUGGAGUCCAACCAGAGUCUGUUAAAAGGAUUUCUGACACAGACAGAGGGAAGCUCAGAGAGUAUUGAGAGCACAGUCAAGUACAUUAAGAAGAAGAUCAAGGACAAACUUCCUCCUGAAAGAUCCAUAAACUUGUUCCACUGUCUGAAUGAGCUGAAUGACAACACUCUGGUGGAGGAAAUCCAAAGAUACCUCAACUCAGGAGAUAUGUCAACACAGCAGCUCUCACCUGGACAAUGGUCAGCUCUUGUCUUUGUUUUACUGACAUCAAGAGAGAAGCGGGAUGUGUUUGACCUGAAGAAGUACACCAGAUCAGAUGAAGGGCUGCUAAGAUUGAUGCCUGUGGUCCAGUUCUCCAGAACAGCUCUGCUGAACCAGUGUGGACUGACAAAGAGAUGCUGUGAAGCUCUGGCCUCAGUUCUCAUCUCAGACUCCUGUUCACAUCUCAGAGAGUUAGACCUGAGUGACAAUGACCUGCAGGAUUCAGGAGUGAAGAAACUCUCUGCUGGACUGGGGAACAAACACUGUAAACUGGAGGUGCUAAGACUGUCACUGUGUCGAGUCACAGAGGAAGGCUGUGCUUCUCUGGCUUCAUCUCUGCAUUCCAACCCCUGUUCACAGCUGAAAGAACUGGAUCUAAGCUACAAUCACCCAGGAGACUCAGGAGCAAAGCUGCUCUCUGAUCUAUUGGAGGAUCCACACUGUAAACUGGAGACACUGCAUGUGGACCAUGGUGGACAGUGCAGGAUCAGACCAGGGCUCCUCAAAUACUCUUGCCAGUUCACACUAGACCCCAACACAGCAAACACACACCUGUAUCUGUCUGAGGACAACAGGAAGGUGACAUGGAGUGAAGAGGAACAGAAACAUCCUGAUCAUCCAGACAGAUUUGACUGUUGGGAGCAAGUUGUGUGUGUAGAGAGUGUGUCUGGUGGCUGCUACUGGGAGGUUCAGUGGACUGGAAAUGGGGCUGUAAUAGGAGUGACUUAUAAAGGAAUCAGGAGGAAAGGAAAGAGUGUUGACUGUCGGCUUGGAUACAAUGAGAAGUCCUGGGUUCUGUUCUGUUCUGAUAGGAGUUACUAUGUCAGUCACAACAACAUACACUCUGCCAUAGCUGUACCCCCCGCCCACAGAGUAGGAGUGUAUGUGGACUGUGUGUCCGGCGCUCUGUCCUUCUACAGCGUUUCCUCUGGUGAACUGACUCUCCUGUACAGGUUCUCCUCCACAUUCGCUGAACCUCUCAGUCCUGCGUUCAGGGUUUGGGGCUCAAACUCCUCAGUGUUCCUGUGUGAGAUGGAAUAGAUACCAGUGUCCUGGGAUUUAAAAGAGCUUUUAGAAGAGUUUAUGUAAAAGGGUUUUCAUACACAAGUGGACAACAUGGGAUUAGAGGGAAUGGACUUUCAUAGGAUACACACUGUACAAAACACACACACACACACACACACACACACACACACACACGGCUGUCUCUGAGGCAGAAUAGCACCCCCCCCCCGUGCAUGGUGUUACAUUCACGUGGCCUCUGACCCUUAAAUCAGCCAGAAGAGGAAAAGCAUGUGUUUCUACAAAACAUGACUGAUCCAGGAGAAGAAAUACUUGCAGUCAUCACUAGCAACAGUCAUCACUAAUAACUGUACUGACAGUCAUCAGCACUGAUAACUGUACUAAAGACAUCAGUGCUAACGAUCAUCACUAACAACAUCACAGCAGCAGAACCUAGGGCAGGACAGCGGGUGUGGCCAGUGGAA